UUCCAAUUUAAUUUCAUGCUUCUUCGAUUUGUAGGCGUCUGGACACGCACCAAACGGCGAUUUUUUCAUUUAGCAAAGAAAAUACCUGCUGUUCAACGAAAAAUUGAAGAUGAAAUGGCUAGGGCUACAAAAGAUUUUGAAGGAGAAAUGAUCAAAAGCUGUGGGGACUUAAGUUACGCUCUCGAGCUGCCAGAGAAGGGCUUAAAUAAACAACAAAUUCUUCAACUUGUUGACGAACAUUUAAAAAUAAGUCGUUAUGAUUGGCGUGAUGGACGUGUGUCUGGUGCUGUUUAUGGUUUCAAAGAAGAAUUGGUGGAAAUAAUAACACAAGUAUAUGGUAAAGCUUCAUAUACAAACCCACUGCAUCCCGAUAUUUUUCCUGGUGUAUGUAAAAUGGAGGCUGAAGUAGUACGCAUGGCUUGUGCACUUUUUCAUGGAAACAAAGAUUCUUGUGGUACUAUGACAACCGGUGGAACAGAAUCCAUCAUAUUGGCAUGUAAAGCUUACCGUGAUUUUGCACGUGAGAACAAAGGAAUCACAAAACCAAAUAUGGUUGUACCAAAAACAGCACAUGCUGCAUUCGAUAAAGCGGCACAGUACUUCAAUAUACACAUUAAUUAUGUUAACGUUAAUCCGGAGACUACUGAGGUUGAUCUGAAAGCAAUGAAACGUGCCAUUAAUUGUAAUACAAUUUUGCUUGUUGGUUCUGCACCCAAUUUCCCUUAUGGCACCAUGGAUGAUAUUGAUCAAAUAGCAGCUUUAGGUUUGAAGUACAACAUUCCUGUACAUGUCGACGCUUGUCUUGGUAGUUUUGUGGUUGCCUUAACAAAAGAAGCUGGUUAUGCCAUCAAACCCUUUGACUUUUCUGUUAAAGGCGUUACAAGCAUAUCCGCCGAUACUCAUAAGUAUGGUUUUGCACCAAAAGGAUCUUCAAUUAUUUUAUAUGCUGACAAAAAAUACCGCGAUCAUCAGUUUACUGUUACUACUGAUUGGCCUGGUGGUGUUUAUGGUUCACCUACCAUUAACGGCUCACGGGCUGGUGGUAUUAUUGCGGCUUGCUGGGCAACAAUGAUGAACUUUGGACAUGAUGGUUAUUUAGAGGCUACAAAACGAAUUGUAGAUACCUCACGAUAUGUAGAGCGAAAAAUUCGUGAAAUUGAUAGUAUCUUUGUAUUUGGCAAACCAGCAACAUCAGUCAUAGCAAUCGGUUCAAAAGUUUUCGAUAUUUACCGACUUUCGGAUGCACUUACUCAAUUAGGCUGGAAUUUAAAUACAUUACAAUUUCCCUCGGGCAUACAUAUUUGCAUAACAGAUAUGCAUACGAACGCAGGCGUUGCCGAUAGAUUCCUUAAUGACUUACGCUCAUCUGUUGCUGAAAUAAUGAAAAAUCCCGGAAAACCAGUUGAAGGAAAAAUGGCUAUAUAUGGUGUAGCUCAAACUAUACCUGAUCGUUCUGUUGUUGGAGAUGUAACACGUUGUUUCUUAAAUAGCAUGUACUACACCCCACCAAAAAAGUAAAGGCAUUUCCAUAAAGUUUUAACGGUUUAAGAUUUUUUUUAAAUAGUGUACUGCUCUUUGGAUUUACACUUCACACUUUUUAAGUAAUAUUAUUUAUGUAAAGUUGUUAUUGUUGCAUUUAGUAAUCAACAUUGUCAAAUUAAAUUUC